AUGUACAAAAUGAGUCACAAUGAUAGGUGUGAAUCUGUAUUGAAGGGUUUCAAACUAAAUUGGAUGAACUUGCGUGACGCUGAUUCAGGGAAAAUUUUAUGGCAGAGCACCGAUGAUUUUUCUGUCCCAGACGUUGAACAUGCGGCUCAUGUCCCGAAGAGAAUACUCAAAUGUAAAUCGGUUUCCCGUGAAAUCAAUUUUUCUUCGGAAGAAUCACUUGAGAAUUUCUGGCUUGAACAAGAGGUUCUGUUUAAGGAUCAGCCUAUUGAAAACUGGAGUUUUGAAUUUGGUUUUGUAAUACCAGGUUCAACGAAUACAUGGCAAUCGUUAAUACAAUCCGAUUCAGCUGAUCGAAUGAUUCCAGCUAAAGUAUUAAGUGGUAAUGUAGUUAUCGUGACACACUUUUAUGAUGGUGACCUGUUAAUUAGCAAAUCUAGAGUGAGAAUAUUUUACGUAUGA